AUUACCAAAUGUCGCGCUUUAUUUGGUUAUAUCUUUUCCAUUAUAGAUUGAAGGUUAGCACAGGCUAGCUAGCUUCACUUGAACCCACAUUCCCCAUUGCGCUGACAUUAUUCAAAUACCUUUGUGGAAAUGACGCACAUUUAAAUCGUUUUCAAAUGAUAUAUCAGUUCAGAUGUCGCUAUUUACAGAUAUAUUUGUGCUUUUUACGAUAGGUGUCCACGUCUCGCGAUAGCGCGUCAGUUUUAAUAGCCGUUAGCUGAAUUACCGUCAAAGUCAUUUUGUAUGCACGCGCAUGCUUUUGACACACAUUUAAUUCACCAAAGCUACUUUAAUGUAAAUAAUUAUAAGUGUUCGUGUUGUGUUUGGUGGCGGUGUGUGUGCACUGUGUCAUUGGGAGGUCGUUUUGGGUGUUGUUGUAAGUUAUGCCUCGUACCUAGGCCGCAUUUAUUUAAAGUUUAAACUUCCUCGAACAGUGUUUGUUUUUCAUUCAUUAAUGUCACGAAUGUUAACGAAUAACUGGCGUUCAAAGGGGUUUCGUUUCGUCGUGCCUAUAAAUAUCCUGAAGUAAGGUUAAGUUAUUGAUCACCCAGCGAGUUUGUGUAUGGACACGUAGGCGAAACCAGCGCACUUAUGAACCUCCGCUUCAUAUACGUUAUGACUUCGCCCCCAUAAGACACUGUGAAGCCACGGGCUGUCGUGAUGUCGGAGCCCAAGGCACCCACCCCAGCCCCAGGAGACAUGUACAAAGGCUGGCUCUUCAAAUGGACUAAUUACAUCAAGGGAUACCAAAGGCGAUGGUUUGUCCUGAGCAAUGGUUUGCUGUCUUACUACAGGACCCAGGCGGAGAUGGGUCACACAUGCCGGGGCACCAUCAACCUGGCUACGGCCAACAUUGCGGUGGAGGACUCAUGCAACUUUGUAAUUUCUAAUGGUGGUGCGCAGACGUACCAUCUGAAGGCCAGCUCAGAGGUGGAGCGCCAGCGCUGGAUCACCGCACUAGAACUGGCCAAAGCCAAAGCUGUUCGCAUGCAGGCGGAAUCGGAUGACUCUGAAAACGAGUGCCCGAACACUUCUCCGUCGUCAGGGCAGGGUGGAGGUUCACGCAACUCGGAAGUUCAGUCCACCCUCCGAACUCUGGGCAGCAAGGUGGAGGAUCUCAGCACUUGUAACGACCUCAUCGCCAAACAUGGCUCUGCUCUUCAGCGGUCUUUGUCUGAGCUUGAAGGCAUUCGACUGGGAGGAGAAGCGAGUGAGAAGAUUCGUCAGGUGACGGAGAGAGCAACGCUCUUCCGCAUCACCUCCAAUGCCAUGAUCAAUGCGUGCCGGGACUUCCUAGCAUUGGCUCAGGCUCACAGUAAGCGCUGGCAGAAAGCACUGCAGGCCGAGCGAGAGCAGAGAGUGAGAUUAGAGGAAACGCUGGAGCAGCUCGCCAAACAACACAACCAUCUUGAGAGAGCCUUCAGAGGAGCUACUGUACUGCCUCCUUCCCAGAGCAACCCUGCCAUUGACAGCAAAGGCUCGGUUCCAGGAAAGGGUGACGCAAGCGACGAGGAUGACGAGAAUGAGUUUUUCGACGCAUGCGAGGACGUUCAAGAGUACAUCACUGUACCAGCAGAUCCCAAAUAUCACAGGAGAUCUGGCAGUAACGUCAGCGGACUCAGCAGCGAGCUGGGAAUGGAUGACGGAACCACAUCGCUGGAUGAGCAGUCCCUGGCAUCCAAUCCCGAGUCCCCGCAGUCCCAGGAGCUGGUGCCUUUGAAGAAGAGACGGUCCCGUAUCCCAGAUAAACCAAAUUACUCGCUCAAUCUAUGGAGCAUCAUGAAGAACUGUAUAGGAAAAGAGCUCUCCAAAAUCCCAAUGCCUGUGAACUUCAACGAGCCCCUGUCCAUGUUGCAGCGUCUCUCAGAAGAUCUUGAGUACUACGAACUGCUGGAUCGGGCCGCCAAGUGCCAGAGCUCUCUGGAGCAGAUGUGCUACGUGGCUGCUUUCACCGUUUCCUCUUACUCUACUACAAUUCACCGUACGGGCAAACCCUUCAACCCUCUGCUGGGAGAGACCUUUGAGCUGGACCGCAUUCAGGAGUGCGGCUACAGGUCCCUCUGCGAGCAGGUGAGUCAUCAUCCUCCGGCUGCGGCCCAUCACGCAAUCUCCGAGCGAGGCUGGACCCUGAGCCAGGAGAUUGCCCUGGCCAGCAAGUUCAGGGGCAAAUACCUCUCCAUUAUGCCUCUCGGUUCAAUUCAUUGUAUGUUUGAGAAGAGUAACAAUCACUACACCUGGAAGAAAGUCACAACCACAGUGCACAAUAUCAUUGUUGGAAAACUAUGGAUAGAUCAGUCAGGAGAAAUAGACGUUGUGAACCACAGAACGGGUGACCGGUGUCACCUCAAAUUUGCACCUUAUAGCUACUUUUCCAGAGACGUAGCCAGAAAGGUUACAGGUGUAGUAACAGAUAAGGAUGACAAGGCACACUACGUUCUGUCUGGUACAUGGGAUGAGAAGAUGGAGUGCUCGCGUGUCAUGCAAAGCAGCAGAGGCGGGGAGAACGGGGCAGAGGGGCGACAAAAAACUGUCUAUCAGACGCUUAAACCCAAAGAACUGUGGAGGAAAAAUCCUUUGCCGGAGGGUGCAGAGAACAUGUACUACUUUUCUUCGCUGGCACUGACGCUGAACGAGCUGGAGGAUGGUGUGGCUCCCACGGACAGCAGAAGACGGCCGGACCAGCGCUUGAUGGAACAGGGUCGCUGGGAAGAGGCCAACGCUGAGAAACAGCGGCUAGAGGAGAAACAGCGCACAACUCGCAGAGAGAGGGAGAGAGAGGCCACCCGCACCUCCAAUCCUACAGAAGAGGCUCUCAUUGAGGAUUCAAUAUCUGACUCGCCUGUCAAAACUGAGGAAGUCGAGAUUGCCAGCGAGCCCUCUGAGACUACUUUCAAAACUGACACAGAUGAAACUUCCUCCGAUCUCUCGCUCUCAACUGAAACACUGCACGGGUGUCACCCACCAGAGUACUCAAGCGUUCACCAGGACAGCUACAAGUCAAUGUGGUUCGAGCGGCAGGUCGAUCAGGCGACUGGGGAACCCACACACAUCUACAAAGGGGGAUACUGGGAAACCAAGGAGCAAGGCAACUGGGAAGGCUGCCCGGAAAUCUUCUAAUCUAAAUCACGCACACCUCCCCUUCGCCAGGAGAGUGAACUAAACCACCUCACGGAACCCCCCCAGAUAACAAACACAAGCCCAGAUAAACUUGAACACGCUCUCCGCUUCUCCACCUGUGCUGUAAUUAGUGGACAAUGAGGGACAACAUUUGGGAACAUGAUCCCACUUCUGUUUUUCUUGUGUAUUCACAGAAUAAUUAAGACAAAGGUUUUCUGGUUAUGUUGGUAGGGUUAGAAAAGUGUAUCCUAGCAUCACAUCCCUGUCCCAGACUCCUCCAAAAGCUCUGGGCCUGUUCUCUUACACAUCUAUGGGGGGGAGGAAGUGGGGCAUUUUCAAACUGAAGGGAUUCUGAGGCGAGACCCUGAGUGAGUUCAGAGAAACACCGUAGAGCUCUUAAGUUUCAUUGUGUGUGCUUGCGCGAGAGAGAUCUAACAGUUUUCUUAGAUGUUGUUGUUUGCCUUGGUUUGUGGACUUGUUAGUUUAAAAAUGUUGACAUUUAUUGACCUUGCUGUUUCAAACCUCUGUGUUGGUAUUUCAUCUAUUAAAUAGAUGAAGGGUUUUCACAUCCGGAUCUUAAUGAACAGGAAAUAAAGUAGCCAGAGGAUAACUACUGCUGAUUAUUGGCUUUAUGAAUCUCCAGAAACCAUAUUGCUUUUCUUGAUUUAAGUUUAGACGUUUAAAACGGAGUCACAUUACACACAUCACCACAGGAACAACCUGUGAUGAUGUCAUCAUAAACUGUAUCCUCGCUUUUCAGAAGAGCAUCUAAGAUCUGCCCUGCAGGCCUUUCAACACUGGUAUUAAGAUAAAGAAACUGUGUCCACAAACUGAGGCGAACAAACGUGUGAGUGUUUGUGUUUGUAUGCAAGUGAGGUCAAGAGAGGACUUUAAAAUCUGUGUGUGUGUCUGUGUGUGUGCGUGCGUAUGUUUGAGUUAAUGAGUGAUGUAUUUGGGGUUUAUUGUAUAUUCCAGUGAAACGAAAAGAAAAAUCACAUUUUAUUUUCAAGUGUACUUAAACACGCGCGUGGAAAAAACAAUACAGCAAUGCAAAAUCA